ACAGCAGGGAAGAAGAGAACCUUUUUCUCUUUCUUAUCGUUCAUACCUAUUAAAGUUUAAGAAGAAAAAAACAAAAAAAAAAAAGAAAAUGGAAAAGAACGCGACAAUGGUCUCUGCUGUUUCUCUGAUUCUCGUAGUAGGCGUUGCCCUAGGCGUUGUCGCUUUUGUCUCCACCGGGGACGAGGAACCCAUCGCCGCCGCAGGCGACAGCACCGGAAAGUUGACCACCCACGCGAAAGCCGUGCAAGCCGUGUGUCAAAACAGCGACGACAAGGAGUUCUGCUCCGACACUUUCAGCUCCGUCAACACCUCAGACCCAACCGCAUACGUAAAAACCGUGGUGAAAAAAGCGACGCAGGACGUCAUCAAAGCCUUCAACCUAAGCGACACUCUCACCGUCGAAAACACCAAGGGAAACUCUAGCAUCAAGAUGGCCCUUGAUGAUUGCAAGGACCUGUUGGAAUUCGCCAUCGAUGAAUUAGAAGCCUCCCAGCUUAUAGUCCAAGAGAACAACAUUAAUAACAUCAACGCCCGCGCCGCCGACCUCAAAAACUGGAUUGGCGCCGUCGUGGCGUACAAGGAAUCGUGCCUGGACGGCUUCGACACCGACGGAGAGAAGGAGGUGCAAUCCAAGUUGAAAACCGAAAGUUUGGACAGUGUUGGGAAGUUAACGGCGUUAGCGCUUGACGUUGUAUCCGGCUUCGCGGAAAUACUCUCUGACUUCAAUUUGGAUCUGAUUACCAAGACUUCGUCUCGUCGUCUUCUCGAUGUGGACCAAGAAGGAUAUCCAUCGUGGUUGUCCAUGCCGGAUCGGAAGCUCUUGGCGGAUACAGCUUCCGUUAAACCUAAUGUGGUCGUUGCCAAGGAUGGUAGUGGCGAUUAUAAGAGCGUUGAGGAGGCUAUUAACUCCUACCCCAAGAAUCAUCAAGGCAGAUACAUUAUCUACGUCAAGGCUGGUACCUACGAUGAAUACAUCAAAGUCGACAAAAAGAAGGCUAGACUUCUAAUCUACGGCGAUGGCCCCACAAAGUCAAUUAUCACCGGCAAUAAAAACGUCGUCGAUGGUUAUAAGACAAUUAGAACCGCUACCUUCUCGACGGUGGCAGAAGAUUUCAUUGCAAAAUCUAUCGCAUUUGUGAACACCGCCGGCGCGGCCAAACACCAAGCAGUGGCGCUGCGCGUGCAAGGCGAUCGGUCGGCCUUCUUCGACUGCGCCAUGCACGGUUACCAGGACACGCUGUACACCCACGCUCAUCGUCAGUUCUACCGCAACUGCGAAAUCUCCGGCACGGUGGACUUCAUUUUCGGCUACGGCACAACCCUGAUCCAGAACUCGAGGAUCAUUGUGCGGAAGCCAGAUCCGAAUCAGCAGAACAUUGUGGUGGCGGACGGGACGGACCAAAAGAACAUGCCGACGGGAGCGGUGCUACAAAACUGCGAGAUCGUGGCGGAGCCGGAACUGGAGCAGGUAAAGACGUCGUUCAAGUCAUACUUGGCGAGGCCGUGGAAGGCAUAUUCGAGGGCCAUCUUCCUAGAAAACACGAUCACCGAUGUGAUUCAGGCUGAUGGGUUUCUUCCCUGGAAUGGUGACCUGAACCUGGACACGUGUUUCUUUGCUGAGUAUGAGAACACUGGCCCGGGUGCCGAUGUGAAAGCUAGGGUGAAGUGGAGUAAAGGGGUCCUUACCAAGGAUGAUGCUACCAAAUACACUGCUGACCAAUGGCUCCAGGCCAACGCCUGGCUCCCUGCCACCGGCAUUCCUUACACUCCUGGCUUCAACAAAGCUUGAACUCAAACUCACGCAUCAACAAAUGCAUGCAUGUCCUUUUUGUAGCCAUUAACAAAAACAUUCCCCAACACCUUGCUAUAUAUCCCGUGUUACUUAGGUUUAGAUGAACCCAAAUACUGUAUAGUAACCAAACUAUAGAAAUUCCUUGGAUCAUCGUUUCACAUUCCAAGAGUGCAUGUCAGUAUAUAGUACUAAGCAAUAAGCUAUCAUUCAUUCAUUCAUUGUAUAUUGUAUAUGUACAUAUAUAUAUCGAUGAAGGGCAUGAGAGGCUUGUCAAUUUGUUCACUGUCAAUCUUUUUCUUCCUACCUUUGUGAGUUUUUAGUGCGCUACUUUCUGUAUUUUCAAUGAUUCAUUAUUUUGGAAAAUAAUACUUUUUCUCUA